UACCCGGUUGGACACGGACGAUUGUGUGGCGGUAGUACAUCCGGGAACGCUGGUACUGCAUUUGAACAAGGAAACCUUCCAAUCGUUGGGUCUCGAGGGCCAGGUGUCGGAAUUUGCUCGAAAGCGGGGCAGUAAAUACGCUUGAACGAUCAUGCCCAGGCUGAAUCAACCGGUUAGGCUUGAGACACUUGCCCUGAAAGGCACAACCGUUUGGUUGUGUCAUAUUGCUGAACUGUUAAUGCCGACAAUGCUAGUCUUGAGCAAGCAGGGCAACAAUGAGGCCCAAAAAUGUCUGAAGUCUAUUGUUCUGGACUUGAGGGACGAGUAUGAUCACUGUAUUCCAGGACAUCUGUACGAUGACAUGGCCAAGAUGUUGAUUACUCAAAUAAAUCUGCUGAUCGAAAGAGUUAAAAAGGCUCUGGACCUGAGGGCGUCCAUGUCGAAGUUUCUAUGUCAGAUGAACGUUGCCAUAGCCAUGUCGGAGGUUCUGCUCUCGAGGAAACUUCGAGUUAUGAAGAUCGAAGAGCUGCCCAAAACAAUGCGUCACAUAUUCUACUCAAAGAUGAACGAAAUGAAGGGUCUGCGGUACUUGAGCUUGGGAUCGAUGAGUGGAGGCUGGAAAACCGAGGAUAUGGAGAAGACAAUCCUAAAUGGUUUGGGCACCAUGAAGAAUUUGACAGCAUUGACCCUAAACUAUGACUGCACCAACACUAUUCUUCGAUCACUGAUCAAAAACUGUCCUAAUCUGGAGUAUCUAGAUAUUUCAAACUCGAAAUACGUGACAAACGACAGCAUUGACAUCAUUACGAAGCUCAAGAAGUUGAAGGUAGUGAUCCUGAUGCGAACUCAAGUUACCAUCGCAGGAAUGAUCGAACUUCUCGUCAAAGCGAAGAAUCUAACUGACAUCGGACGCUACGAUGAUCUUGGUCGUUGCUUGGAGUUCAUCGAACAGAACUAUCCUCAAAUUCUUAGUUUGAAACUGCAAAGAUUUGAAACUCGCUUCGCUACAACGCGUCACAUCCAACUCCUGGCAGAAAUGUGUCCAGACAUACGCUAUGUAUCCAUCUUUCACAAUAUGCUUCUUAUGGAUUUGAUGGCGCUGAUCGGUGUCAACAACCUCGAGGAACUCUACCUUCUGUCAUGUGACUUCUUCGCUGAUCAAGUCCGAGACGUCCUCCAAGUCAAAGGUUGCAACCUGACUUAUCUUCACUUGGAGCAUGUCGAGCAGAUGGAUAUGAACGCUCUGAUCUACAUCAGUCAGUACUGUCCGGACUUGAAAACCCUAGCGUUAUACAACUGCGUCAUGAUCCCUUCGACGUCGGUCUUUCUCCGGAAGUACGCGAUUCCUCCGUUCAUGAACCUCGAACGGUUGGGCUUCGUCUGCGAAUGCCCUUUCAACCACCUAGAAUUCAUCCUGACAACAGCCCUCAAACUUCGAUUCCUCCAGGUGGGAACGCAAGCCUACACGAGCGAUGAGAUGUUCGAGCGAAUCUUCCUGCGCAACCCCUUCCAAUAUCUGGAAGAUGUUCGGAUAAUUCACUCCUCGGAGCUGACCAUCGAAACAGCCUACCGGUUCGUCGAGAACUGCCCGAGUUUGCUGUUGCUCAACGAGCUUGAGUGCUGGCAAAAGGUGCGGGAUUAUGAACUGGUUCAGCUGCGGCAGAUGAUCAAGGAACAGAACUAUGCCGUCCAUACGGCACCCCUUAGGAACUAUGGAAAUCAGGAGUGAUAAACGAUUGAGAUUUUUUUAGAGAUAUCGUAAUUUAUUUAUUCGUUAUUUGCAUAUAAGAAAUGUUAUUUUUGCUUGAAUAAAGGUGUAACCCGAA